UUUGAAAAUGAUAAAAUUAAAUUUCAAUUUUAUGCUCAAAAUAAUUUUACACUUUAUGCCUAUUGGUAGUUUUUCUGCGCUUCCCUCGAGCUAUAUUAUCAUCGAACAUAACACAUACUUAUCUUUUAAUGGAUUUGAGGGAAGCGCUGGUUUUAAUUUAUUUAAUCAUGAAGGAAAAAUUAUUCACAAUCACAUAAAUAAUCGUCUUGUCUUAAGUUUUAAAUUCUAUUAGUUUUUAAAUCAAAUUUAAUUAUUUAUUUUAUCUUUAUCUACCUAUCUCUUUAUAUUGAUCUGCUUUAAUUAAGCUUUAGAUCUGAUAAUACAUCAGUUUUUAUAAUGUGAAUUGUGUUAUUAGUAUGUUUUGCUUGUUAUCGUGCCUGAUUUAGUUUAAAUUUUUAAUAAGUCCUAUUGAUAAAGUUUUUAUGAAAGAUGCCUUAAUUAUUGAUGCAAGGCUUGUUAAUUUUGUAUUGAGAUCUGUCCGUCCGUAAUUGCACAAUGUUGAAAUUUAACCUGUAAAACUUUUUGCACUCGCGCUUUUACAUUCUUCUUUGAAUCAUAAGGAACUGACAAGCAAACUAUCAUGGCCACCAAAACUUAAUCACAUGAUGUAAUUUUAAACUCGAUUUUAUUGAAUUGUACGAAAUAAUUUGAUUUCAUUUAGACUGGAACAGAUUUGAUUUUCCCCUGCAUUUGUUGCAUUGAACUAUUGGAAAAUGUGCCAAAUUUAACCUAACCCUGUAAAUGAAGAACUAACCCAAAUGUUAUUGAAUGAUCUGUUCCGGACACUAAUUAGUUCACAUAAUCGUAUAUUCAAGCAAUAGUCACUUUUCAGUAAUCACCCAACAGAAUAUUUUCUGUUUUAGAUAAAAAUGGCCGAGAUAGGUGUAAUUUGCUUUAUGCUAAAGUCACCUUGAAGUAAAAAGUCAAGAUCAUGGAAGAAAAAGAAAUUCAUGAAGAUUCAGUAAAAUUAUCAAUUAGUACUGAUAUACUCGACAUUGUUCACGAAAUUAUCACUGAGUCAGUAAGCUCUUCUUCCAGUGAGAAGCCAUGCUUGCAGGAUGUAUUUCAACCUAGCAGAGUAAACCCUAGUAUACAGGAUGUAUCCGAACCUACUGGAGUAAACCCAACUGAACAGGACGUAUCUGAACCUACUGGAGUAAACCCAACUGAACAGGACGUAUCUGAACCUACUGGAGUAAACCCAACUGAACAGGACGUAUCUGAACCUACUGGAGUAAACCCAACUGAACAGGACGUAUCUGAACCUACUGGAGUAAACCCAACUGAACAGGACGUAUCUGAACCUACUGGAGUAAACCCAACUGAACAGGAUGUAUCUGAACCUGUUGGCGUAAACCCUACCGAACAGGAUGUAUCCGAACUUACUGGAGUAAACCCUACUGAACAAGAUGUAUCUGAACCUACUGGAGUAAACCCUACUGAACAGGAUGCAUCUGAACCUGCUGGAGUAAACCCUAGUAUACAGGAUGUAUCCGAACCUGCUGGAGUAAACCCUACUGAACAGGAUGUGUCUGAACCUAUUGGAGUAAUUCCUAGUAUACAGGAUGUAUCCGAACCUACCGGAGUAAACCCUACUGAACAGGAUGUAUCUGAACCUAUUAGAGUAAUUCCUAGUAUACAGGAUGUAUCCGAACCUACUGGCGUAAUCCCUAAUAUGCAAGAUGUAUCCGAACCUACUGGAAUAAUCCCUGGUAUACAAGGUGUAACUGAACCUAUCGGAAUUAUCCCUGGAAUACAAGGUGUAACUGAACCUAUCGGAAAGGUCCUUAAAAUACAGGAUGAAUCUGAAUUUACCGGAGUAAAUUCUAGUAUACAAGAUUUGUCAGAACCUACUAAAGUAAACCCUAGUAUACAAGAUGCUUCUGGACCUACUGGAGUAAACUUUAGUAUACAUGGUGUAUCUGAACCUACCCCAGAAAAACCUAAAACACAGGAUGUUUCUGAACCUUCCGGAGAAAAGCCCGACAUACAAGAUUCUUCUCAACCUACCCCAGUAAACCCUAUUAUACAACAUGCUUCUGAACCUUCCGGAGAAAACCCGAGUAUACAAGAAUCUGAACCUACCGGUAUACAAGAUUCUGAACCUUUCGGAGUAAUCCCUAGUGAACAGGAUGUAUCUGAACCUAUCGGAGUAAUUCCUUGCAUACAGCAUGAUUCUGAGCCAUUCGGAGUAAGUACUAGUAUUCAAGAUGAAUCGGAGCCUUUCGGAGUAGAUACUAGAAGACAGGAUGAAUCUGAACUUACCGGAGUAAAUUCUAGUAGACAAGAUGUAUCUGUUCCUACCAUAGUAAAUCCCAGCAUACAGAAUAUAUCUAAACCUAUCGGAAUAAUUCUUAGUAAACGGGACAAAUCUGAACUUACUACAGAUGAAUAUAUCUUGUCUUGUGAACCCGAAGCUCUUACUGGCUCACGUCCUAUUCCCAAUCUAAUGGAUGAGUUCCUGGUUAGUCCAGAGUUUGCUGGAACACAAUCAGUAAAUCCUCCAAGUCCCAGUUCUCCAAGUCCUUGUUUCGAGAUUGAAGCCCUUCUAGAUUCGCCUCCGCCUUUUGUUGAUUACGAGUCGUUUAAUGAGACGAGGAUAAUUGUUGAUCGAUCUAUCUUCACAAGGUCACCGACACCAGCGGACAGUGUUAAAGAUGAUAACUCUGCAAAGAGUUCUAAAGCUCUAGACAACUCGGACUCUGAAGAUAUGAAAAUAAUAUCUCUAGAUGAAUCUCAUUCAAACGAUGUAAAAACCAAUCCAGUGGAAAUAUCUAAUGCGCAUGCGUUAAGGAUUAUGAUAUUACAAGAUCCAGAUCUCGUUGAACUUCUCUACACAAAAUCUGGGUUGACCCAUCAAAAACUUGAAAAUCUGACGGAACCUAACCUAGAUGAUUGUUACGAGAGUCUGCGUAACGUAGUUUGUAAUGAGCUGAUCAAGCGUAUUAUUGUCUGGAACGAGCAGCUGAUGGAUUUACCAACCGACGAGUUACAUGUCCAGACAGCAAUUAACAAUAUCAAUGGUUUUCUGAAGAACUCGCUUUAUAAAAGAAUAUUUUGUUUAGAAGAAAAAAAGUUUUCUUUGGAUUUCCUUGUACCCCGAUUUCUCCAGGAAAAAAUUCGAGAUGUCUUCGGUUCACCACCAUGUAUGGAGGGGACUUCCAAUCCACCUCACGCCAAACCUCCUCAAAACACUAGCAUAAAAUCAACCACAACUUCUCAAAUGGUUAAUUCCAAAACAAGCUUCAAUUUAUCUAAGAGAGAUCCAAAGCUAACCUUGGGUAAUACUGAAUAUCCUGGAAUGAUCAAUAAACCAUUUGGUUCAGGAACUAGCCUCCAUCCCCCCCUUACUAUUCAGUUACCUCGUCAGCCUGUUCCGUUGUCUGAUAUUAUAAGAAAACCAUCAAUACGGGUUUCUAGUUUUGCUCGGGACCCUGCGGCUAAUAUUGAAGCAUUGCCUCAUAAACCUGAAGCAGCUCCCACAGUUACGGUUCAUCAUAGAUCUUUAGAUAACACAGUAGCACCGAGCACAGUAGCACCACUUCGUCAAGCUCGUUUUAUCUGGUAUCCUGUUGAAUCCCGAUAUCGGUACAGCAUAGUCAACUCUGAUAAUCAUUAUAUCAUUCUCAAUACCUUUAUUUCAUGCGCCAGUGAUAUUUGUGUUAAACUAUUUGUAUCAGUAAAUGAACACAAAAGAUUGCCCAAGGAUCCUGCGCUAUGGGAGAAUUGUUCUUUUACUUUCCUGCCAGACUGGAACCUACCAACCAAAGCAGUUUUCUAUUUGGGUAAGAAAAAGGAGUUUGAACUGCGAGCUGACCUUCCUGUCAAGGUUUUCAAUCUACAUGAUCUGGUGAAUAACAAUUCUGCUUUUAUACUCUCCAGUAAGAGAUUAAAGUCUUUCCAGCAAGGUCUAAUGGAAGUUUCUGAUCUUUCCAUUUGUGAUUUCUACUUCUCAAUAUCUGGAAAGAGGAAGAAGGCAAAUGUCAAUGAUAUUGGCAAUGAGUGGAGAACAGAAUUUGAAAAUGAUUAUGCGAAUUUUUCACCUGACCAAGUCUACGAUAUCCGAAGAAUAUUGUGGUCUUACUAUGAAAAAUUGAAAGAGAAAGAAACCUCCAUGGAAGUUGGCUUAAAGAAGGACAUAUAUUCUCAAACAGAUCUGAAUGAGUCUCAGUAUUAUUCUGUGUGUGCUCAGAUUGUUCUUUUAUCACUGCCUCCUGAGCACAAACGGACCCUGAGCAAAGAAUAUUUACUAGCUGUUCUCAAACCAAUAAAUGUUAUACAAAUGGUUUCCCCGACCAAAUUCUGGCUGGAUUAUUUCAAGUUAAUAUCAAACCAGGUUUCUCAGAGUUUAAAUGAUCAACCUCACGUAGUUAAUACAUUGAGCAAUCAUGUUAGUGUGACAAAGCACACAUCCAACCAGCGCGCAACAACAAACCAGCAUGCAUCUACCAAUCAGCAUGCAACAGCCACCCUCCUCGCAUCUACUAACCACCUUGUAACAACAAACCAACCUACAUCUACCAACCAGUAUGCACCAAUAUACCACAAAGCAUCUACCAUUCAGCAUGCAACAACAAUUCAUCAUGCAUCUACCAACCAGCAUGUGUUAUCUACUCAACAUGCAUCUACUCAUAAGCAUGCAACAACAUACCAACAUUCAUCUACCAAUCAGCCUGUAAUAUCCAGUCAGAAAGUAGUAACCAAACAGCGUGCAGGAUCCAAACCGCGUGCAGGAACCAAACAGGAUGCAACAUUCAAACAGGAUGCAGCAUCCAAACAGGAUGCAGCAUCCAAACAGGAUGCAUUAAGAAAUAACAACCGAUCAAUACUAGCGCCUAUUUCAAGCACGUCUAUACCACAAUCUCAAACUUCAAUAAAUAAUGUAGUUCUAAAAAAAUCAACAACAGUCCCUGUAAACUCUAAUACUCCUGUUAUUAAUGUAAAGAAAAUUAUUGCUCCAGAUAUAAGAAUUCCUUCAACUGUGCAAGCUGUGCUUAAACCUGGAUCAAAACCAUCAAAAAAGAUUUCACACAAACUUUGCCCUGAUCUUCCUGCAAUAGUUUCAAGUAUAUCCACAGUGCCAGUGCAAAUAGGAAAGCUGCAGAACAAAGUCCCUGAUCUGAAUCCAAGACCUCUGGAGAAUCUCAUUUCAUCAACAAGCCAUCCAAAUGAAAAGCUGUUUGAACAAAACAAGAAACUUGUAGAAGAUUUUACUGCUGCAGGAGAAUGUGUGUAUUGUGGAAAAAAGUUUGAAGAACGUGCACUUUGUGUGUUGCACAUUUACGAGUGCCAUCUUCAUUCAAAGGACUUCUCCUUUGUUAUUCGAGACCACAAAGUUGGGAACACUUUUCAGUGUAAAAUCCAUGGAACCUAUCCUAGCGAAGAUGCUUUCGUGAAGCAUGUGUUUUUUUCACAUCAUGCCAUUCUUUAUUAUGUGAUUGCUAAUGAUUUAUAUGGUAAAGAUAUCUAUAAGUGCAGUUUUCCUGGUUGUGAAUCAGAUUUUGCAUUUUCUGUAGGUGCCCUUCAGAAGCAUCUUCUUCAGAAGCAUAUGAGGUAUUUUGUUGACAGUGAAAUGAGGAAAAUAGAGAGUUUAAAGACAAAAAGACUUGUUGUAAACGGAAUGGAGAUAUCUAUGUGUCCACAAAAUAACUGCGGGUUCCCAGGCUUCAUGAAUCCUCAUCUUAUUCAGGAGCACUAUGCAUACUUUCACAAAAAAAUCAAUACUAUCUACAGAAACUUCUGCAAGCACAACAAUUGGCCGUAUGAAGACUUAAAGAAAUCUGGAUUCUUUGUUGAACCAAACUAUAGUUUUGAACUAAGAGAAUGCUCCAACUGUAAGUCGCGGUACCAGGAAAAGUUCUUCCUUCUUCAUGUGGAUGAAUGUGUGAACAAAGGACGUUUGAUUAGAAAUUUAGCGUUAAUUUUACACAUUCUUGGGUCGGCGUCUAUUGAAGCGUAUACUGAAUCUGUGUACAAGUGUCCUACAGUACCCUGCCAAUUCAGUGGAAUAUUUCCUGAUAUACUCAUACACGGAUAUACUUCUCACAAUCUUUUAAAGAAUUUGUAUCCCUCAUUUGACGAGUAUAUGAAAACUAAUUUCCCUGACAAAAAAUGCACGGAGCCAGUUGAACCUAAGAUUUUAAGCGUUUGCUCCCUUCAACAAGAAGAUAUUAUCCCCCCUGUGGAAAAGGUAAAAUGCCCCAUAUGUCACUGGGAGCUAUCUUCAAGCGGCUGGGACAAGAUACACACCAUAACGAAGCAUGUGAACAAACAUUUAAAAGAUAUGCCCGUGUUCGCCGAGGAAUGUAAAUCUAAGCUUGGAAAUAUUUUGAACACUGAGAGAAACUGUCCAUUCCCAAAGUGCAAAAAUACGAAUUGCAACUUUAAAACUGUUCAUCAGACCGAGAUUGCAUUGAUGUUUCUGGUGUAUAAUUCGCCAAGGGCACUGGAUUUAAUGUCACCGCAUUUAUCAUUAGACUUGAGGAGAUUUGUAAACAUGCUCAAGUAUCAGGACGAAAGAAUAAACUCGGUUAGGAUUCCUGAUCUAAUCGACCUGAAUGAAUCAGAUGACACUGAUGAUUUUGAAGAUCCUCCUCUCAUGAUGCACAGAGAGUCAAAGACUCCAGAAUUGGAGUUUGUGCCACGUAGAGCUUGUAGCAAUCCAUCAAAGUUUAUUGUCCAAUGCAAUGAAAAUCUUCCAUGUGUACAGGAUAUGAUCACAAAUCGUAGAAUGAACUCCUACUUGUUUAAAGAUUUUAUCUUAUUUCUUCUGGGAAUGGAAGUUGGUAGAAGAGAAGAUCUUAUCCCAGAAAUAAGCUCAGUUUCAGGACAAAUAUCUCAUAUUUGUAUUUACGAUGAGAUAUACCCAGUAAGUAACAUCUUAGAGUUUGAACUGUUUAAGAAGGUCUGGAUUUGUUAUCCUCUUCUUAAGGCAUUUCAGCGGCAUUGUGCCUCCAGCCUCUGCGGUAUACAUGAUUGUGAUCCAAUGCAACUUGUAAUUGUUAUGUCUCAAUUUUUCAACAAUUCUACAAUACUCAGAAAAGAUAUAAUAACAUUCCUGUCUAUAGUCAACGAAAUCCACCAGAAGAUUAAUGGACACUUUCUGAUUGAAGAUUCGAACGUGAAAGACCUAAUGAAUACAAUGAAUAUAGUCCCUGAAAGCUUCUUCAACCUAAGAUUAGAUCAUCAUAAGUUCCUUUCCUGCACAACCUGCUUCAAAGAAACCUGUUACUUCCCAACCAUGUCGGAGGCACGGAAUCAUGUGCUGGCAAACCAUACUAGGAAGCAGCCAGGAGCUGUUGGGUGCACCAGAUGCUACCAUACUAGAACCUUGAAUGUAACUAACGACGAAGGGAGUUUGUCAAAUCUUGUUUCCCAGAUGGAACUUCAUCUCACUUCGUCAGAACACGUGCGUACAAUCUUUGGUAUGAGUCCGAGCAGUCAAGCUGUGAACACGGACUGUUUUGUUUGCGGCAAGGUUUCCAUUAAUCAAACUCAUCUUCUAACUCAUAAACACAUCAAUCUGAGGAAACUGCUGAAGUUCUUCCUGGACUUCUGCUCCAUCUACAAGAUGAAUCCCUUCAACCCGGCCCAGUCCAGCACCUAUAUCUUCUGUAUUAAGCUUAUGCUUGUUAAACCUGAUCUACGCAGUGUUGAUUUGUCAGAAUUUGAUGAGCUAAUGGCCAAAUUUGUGUCGAACUACUCUUCCAUUAGUUCCUUGACGGAUCCGAAGUAUCUCUCCGCUACAGGGUUCUGUUUCCUCUGCCAAGUCUCUUUCAACGACCGAUCUUCCUUCUCCAAACAUAUUCAAACCUGCAAGGUGUCCUUCGAUUGUAUUCAGAUGUUUAAAGAUACUCCAUACAAGUGUGUCCGGUGCAAUAUUUACUUUUCAAGAUCAGAGAGUUCAAAGCAUCUCGACCAUCUCAACACAAGAAAAACGGUUGGGUAUCAAUGUGCCAACUGUGAAGAUCCAACUAUCCAUCUAUCUAUCAAAGAAGUGUUAGAACACUGUAGACUCCACAGCUCAGAGCUUAACAUCCGGUUAAGAUGUCUCAAGUGUAAAAGAAUGAUCGCUAGCAACCAUAUUCAACAUUUGGCAAACGAAAUGGAGACGCAUAUUCGUGAACUACACACUACUAAACCAUCUCAAGCUUCUGUCAAUAGGUUUGAGCCACCGCAGAAGAAAGUUCGGGUAAUGAUCAGUAAAAAUGAUAGAGAUAUUGCCAGAGCAGUUUUUCUGAAAGAGCAGGCUUUGAGUAAGAAAUUAACGGUUCCAAAGUUGACAAUACGUCCUAUCACUGCUUCAGUUGCUCCUGGUUACAAGUGUCAGGAUUGCAGACAAGAUUUCAGUACUCCUGCUGAUCUUCAACGACAUUAUACAGCAGAACACUUGUAUUCAGAGACGAAGGUUAAAAAGGAACCUUCCUCCCCUGCCCAUAAUCCUAGUAGCUCUGAUACCAGCAGGCCGGGAUCAUCUCUGUCCGAAGGACCUGUGGCACGGAUUAAACGAAAGAGACUGGGUAGUUGGAUUACUGCAGAAACCAUACAGGCUAAAAUGAAGAAGGCCAGAACAGAAUCCAUGGAGCUAUCUUCGGAACCCAGACCAUCGUCCUCUUUAACAACAGAGAUUGCUGGUGAUAUUGAGUACUUCUAUCUUUGUAUUGACUGUGAGGCGGAUCCAGCAAGGGGGUUUAAGUGUACACCAGGGUGUACGCAUCUCACCCACCCACGUGUACCUGUAGGUUUUGAUAUUGCUAAGCACAUGGAUAAAACUGGACAUACUUCUCUUCAACCUAUUCCAACCUUUCUCCCAAUGAUCAAUUCAUCUUCAUUCCUCCGCGUAAAGAAUUUGUCUCUGUCCCCAACCUGGGGAAACGUGGUUCGGAGAAAAUGGAAGCAAUCAGUCACUUCAGGAUUGAUCCGAACAAAUGAAUAUAAAGAAGAGAGACCCUGCAUCAAAUGCGGAUAUAAAUGUGGCACCGCGAUGGAUAUGUUUAAACACAUCAAGGGCCAUUUGGACAAACAAUGACACAAACCCUCCUCAAAUCAAGCUGCUAGCCCGCUCAGCUGCUUUAUGACAAAAUGUUGUUCUUCUGACCUACUUUACAAGAAGAUGGUAGCACCUGCUCAAGCUGAUGUAAUAAAUGAAAACAUUGAACAGCUCUUGGAACGCUAAAUAGGAAUUCAUUGAACGCUAAUCUGCUGUAGCAAUCGUUCCUAUUCUAAAAAAAUGUGAAGUUAAUAGGUCCCUUUUCACGGGCUGUGUGUAUUCCCCAAAACUCACAUAAUCAAUAUAUUGAUCAUGAAUUUAUAAUCGUAAAAGCCUACCGAGUGCCGUAGUAGGCAAAUUUAAUAAUAUUUUGAAGACGACUUUCAAAUUUUACCUAAAGAAUAUACAAUAAGGAUUUUUUAUU